AUGACUGUGGUGAGUGCCCAGAAUGCUCUAGCCAAAGCCGCAGCCAAAUUGGAGAAACACAUUAACCUGUUGAAGUACACGAUAUUUUGUAUAAGCGUCGUAAUAUGGAUAAUGGGAAUAUUUUUAUGGGGUUACGUGGUGUACUCAAGACUCGAUACGACACUUCAAGAAUGGAUCGACGCUCUUGAAAUCUGGCAAGUUUAUUUAGGAAUGUACGUGUUGAUAUUUGCGUCUAUUGUAGUAAUCAUAGCUCCGUUUUUGUCAUGUUUUGCUGUCUAUCAGGAACUCAGCCAACUACUUAUGGCGAACGCUGGCGUACAUCUGUUUUCGUUUUUUGUCCUGUUAUUUGGAUCCGCUAUAUUACUCGAAAACACCACAACGGGAUCUGGAAUCGUACCAGCAAUCAGGGAAAGCAUGAUGAACUUGAUAAUGCAAUCGCAAAACGAAGCCGCUACAAAUACGUUAAACAUGAUCCAAGAAUCGAUCGGUUGUUGUGGAGCGGAUGGACCCAAUGACUAUUUGACGCUGAGAAAAGCAUUACCUACAGAAUGCAGGGACACGGUAACCGGUAACGCGUUCUUCUACGGAUGUGCUGAUGAAGUUACCUGGUUCUUGGAAGACAAAUCCCGGUGGACCACCAACAUAGCAAUAUCGAUAGCCGCUUUGGAGAUGCUCAUAUCCGUUCUGAGUCUGAUUUUAGUCAAGGCUUUGCAAAAGGAAGAAAAAUUCAACUACAACCGAUGAUAGAAGAUCAUUAAUUAGUUAUUUUUAUUUUCACAUACAGAAAUCAUGCCAUUACGAGUAUAAUAAAAAGAAAACUUUCAUAGAACGAUCAAUUAAACAAACAUAAUUUUAUACUAAGUAUUACCUAAUGUUUUUAUUAAUUUUUAUGCAAGUGGAUAUAAUACUACUUCAUAUUUGCAAAAAUAAAUCAAAUUAUUUUCUUUUUUUACGUA